GCGCCGUCGGGCCGGGAGGGGCGUCGGCGACGCGCUUUCCGCGUCGGCUCGGCUCGGCUCGGCUGCUGCCUCUAGUUCCCAGUGUGGACUACUGACAGCCAGCUGUGCGGCUACACGACGACGACGACGAUAACAGCUGCGGACCCAUCCGCCUUCGAACAUUUAACGCUCCACUCCUCCGGUGCGCGUUUGGGAGGCGAUCUAAAGCUCAAAGAGAGAAGAGAGGAAAAAGAAGAGCGAAAAGGGCUCGUUUCGUCGUUGGUUCCUGUGCUAGCUUAGCUGAAGACGAGCAUUCCUCCGACAUGAAUCCGCUGUGUAGCAGAUGUAAUCUCGUCGUCUACCCCACGGAAAAAAUCAAUUGUCUGGACAAGUACUGGCAUUCGCGAUGUUUCCGCUGCGAGACCUGCAAUAUGUCUCUAAACAUGAAGAACUACAAAGGCUUUGCCAAGAGACCGUACUGCUCUGCACACUACCCCAAGGCAAACUUCACCUGCGUGGCUGACACUCCAGAGAACAUCCGCCUCAAACAGCAGAGCAAGAUGCAGAGCCAGGUUCUCUACAAGGAGGAUUUUGAAAAGAAUAAAGGGAAAGCCUUCACCGUGGUCACAGACACGCCAGAGCUGCAGAGACUCAAGAAAUCACAGGACCAAAUCAGCAACAUCAAGUACCACGAGGAGUUUGAGAAGAGCAAGGGUUCACAUGUCCAUGAGGAGAGCAAGACUCCGCAUCCACAGCCGAGCAGCCCUGGCCCAGCCGCUUACCAGCAGCAGCAGCAGCCCGUGGCCGCCUCUCACAACUACCACUAUGAUCCUACUCCUGAGCCUGCGCGCCCGGCAGCUGCCGCACCGCCUUCCAGCGCUGGGAAGCGGUACCGGGCGGUGUACGACUACGCCGCCGCCGACGAGGACGAGGUCUCCUUCAUUGACGGCGACGUGAUCGUGGACGUGCAGCAGAUCGACGAAGGCUGGAUGUACGGCCGGGUGGAGCGUACCAAUCAGCAAGGGAUGCUGCCCGCCAACUACGUGGAGGCCAUCUGAGAGAGGGAGAGAAAGAAGAGCUCGCUAAUCUCAAGCCUUCUUCUGUCUUAACUUUUUCUUGUCUGUCUGUGCUGAUGUUUGGAUGUCACUCAUCUACGUCUCUUCCACCUAUAGCACUUAACAUCCCCCCCCCCCCAGGGUGAAAAUAUUUGGAAAGUCCCUCAUUGUGCACGCGUGUACAUUUUCCUUUCCAUGACUGGAAGAGAAUUUCACCUCAGUUGCGUCUACAUUCCUUUGCUCUUUGAACCCUGGGAUCAGCAGCCAGCUGUCCAUCCUAACAGAGUGCUUUACUCUUAAUAUAUUUAUAGACCCAAUGUGAUGCGCUGCAUUGUGGGUAAUGUUGUUCGACUGGAAUCCGGAGCUCCUGCCGCUCUCGUCGUCAUUUUGUUUGUUGUUUUGUUUGAAUGUCGGGCAGACACAAGAGGGAUCAGGGAUAAGUUGGGGAACGUUUGCAUGUCUGACUUCCCUCCCCUUUUGCCCCAACAUUUGCGUACGCAGCACAACUCUGUAUUCUGACACUUUUAAACCUUUUAUUCCACCGCUUCAACAACAUUCCGAUCUUUAGUUUUCUGUUGGAUGUGAAUGAAUGUCUUAUCUAUCCUCUCCUAUCUUGUGCUCCUUUUCCCGUUGUUCGCCUUAUUGAUGGCAAAAUGCUUAUUUUGAAGAGGACAAAUUGUCACGUGUACGAAAUAAAUAAACCAGCACCGCAAUUGAUGAAGGUGGAGGAGUUUAUAUCAAAUGCAAACAACAACAACAAGAGCAAAAAAAGAGGUAGUGGCAGUCGGAUGAGGAAGCAGCGCCGUGGUGGAGCGAGCCGAACGCGUACGCCUCAUAUCAGUUGUGUGGCCAAAAAGGGCACCGUUGGUUGGGGGCCGCGCUUUUCUGCCGUUGCUCUCUCGACGUACAUUUCUACAAUUGGCUAUCGUAAUAGGCGUCGUCAGUCUUUACUCGCAAUUUAUUUGACGGUUUCUUUUUGGGCCGCUCGAUCUCGUCCAAGUUAUCCCGUCCUCGCCUUCUCCGUCUGUGCUUCUGACCCGUCAUUCCGUGCUUCUUCUCAUCAUCGCCGCUUAUAGGUACACGUCAUAAUAGGAAUCUUGUAACCGCGCAGGUGGAAGCUUGCAGACCGACCAGUUUUGUGCAUCUUGUUUUUUUAAUGUCAUUUUUUAAGGAAUAAAGAUAGCAUAUGCAUAUUGACAUGUUUUCAAGAAAGUACAAGACAUUGUCAGAUGUUAGGACCAGAUAUCAUCUCGUGUCACAGCACUUCAAACUGUACUUAAUGAUUCUGCAGAUUCAAUAAAAGUCAUUUUUCUCAA